AUGAUCAAGCUCAUUCUGGAGAAAGGUGCUGAUAUUGGGUGGCAAGAUCUCCACGGUCGACGGCCGAUACACUAUGCAGCCUUGAAGACAGUUCAGCAUUUCCAGCUAUUAUUCGAGGCAAGUGGCGAUGAUGAAGAACGUCUUGGCAUUACUACAAAGGCCAAGUCUGGCCUGACAGUGCUACAUUUUGCUGUAGCAACGGGAAGAUCUGAUCUUGUCGAACUGGUGCUCUCUCAUACCAGUGGCACAAUAUCUAUCAAUGAGCCUGAUGACGAUGGUUGGACGCCUCUGCUAUGGGCAUGUCGCAUUUGUGAAAGUUGGGGGACACCCAAGGAAAUCAGUCCUGAAAUCGUGAAGCUUCUGCUGGAUCGUGGAGCAGACCCAUCGGUUCGAGGGCGGACCUCCGAUGACAGAGAAUGGUCGCCGCUCAAGAUGGCCAGGUUCCAUGGUGCAUCACAAGAGGUCAUAGACUUGUUAACAGCAAGUCCUAGCAAGAAGAAGGAAGAUGACUGGAAGUCCAAGUUACAUGUUUCCAAGAAGGCAGCGCGAACUACAUGGUAUUGCGACUUGUGCCUCUUUCACGUCUAUGGCAUCUUAUACUACUGUGACGGUUGCGAGCUCUCGUACGGGUUGUGUUUCAAGUGCUAUCGUUAUAAAGAGGAGUUUCAUCCGUAUCAUGAUAAAUGGGAGGAGCGAGGUCCAGAGUUUGUCGACGAUGAUGAAGAGGAGGAGGAGGAGAAGGAAGAAGAAGAGGAUGAGCCAAAGAGUUCACCAGGGAUUGAACAGGUGCAGGAUGAUGAUUCGGAGGGAGACUGGUCGAAUGAUGAAGCCGAGGGAGAGAGUAAAGAAACAAAUAAAGCGGGAUAA